AUUUUCAGUAUGAUCUUCUCCGCUUAUAACCAACUGGAAAUGACCCUGGGCCGUAAUGUUAUGUUCCUGUUAGGUAUCCAUGACGCAUUCAUCUUUUGCUUCCGUGCGCUUACAAUCGAUUGAGUUAUUCACUACGGUUCUGAACUCCUUAAAUGAAAGCCUAGACUAGGGACUAAGCCACUCAGUGAGCUAUCUUCGGCUUUUCCCGUCAUUUUCCGCUGACCGUGUAUGAUCAUACGCUUGACUUGUUGCACAUUUCCGUUUCCGGGUCCGCAUUUCUUCCAGCUUCUGUCUCAAUCCGGAAAUCCACGGGGAGAUGCCAAGAUUUUCUCAUGCCCUGCGUGCCUUUCUUUAUCGUACGAUUGGCCUUCGGAAAGCGAUGAAGAGUCGUUCCAUACUGUGGAAGGAGGCUCAAGGAGAGCUACGCCCUGCUGUCUUGAAUCUUUAGUGUUCCACUACUUGGUCAUCUGGUCCAGGACAAACUGUCUGCUGGAUAAUAUGCCUAGAUUGGAGAUUAAUCACUGGAGGCGACGUGAAAAGAUGAAGGUGACCUGCCUUUUCGUCCACCUCUGUCACAGUGUCCAAGUAAAUACAAGCCGCCUAUCACAGCGCCGUAGAGCCACAAAGCUUUGUCCGCUGGCAACUCCCGAGGCCUACGAAGACCUUCAUACUUACCUGGAGUGGUCAUUCCACUCAAAGCUAAUCAUCGACCGAGACUUGAGAAUCUCUGCCGUCGACCAUCAGUGGCAACGCUUCGGGAAUGUCGGACAUCGUGAUGCUUCAAUUAUUGGUUCAGAAGCUGCCGAUUUCGAUGCGUUUACUACUGCAAGAUUAUGGACAGGCUUGUACGUCAAAUCAAAGAGGAUCGCGGCAUAAUUCACUAUUGCCGCUUUUCCCUUGAUUCUCGGUCAGGUUUGCGGGCGGAUGCUUAUCAAUUCGAACUUGUUCAGAUGCUCCCUCUGAGAAUCCAUCUGCAUUGUCUUGAAAGAGGGUGGGGGGAGGGGGUGCAAACUCGACGAAAACUCGAAAAAGUUGAACGUUCAAGCUUCAAGCUUCAGAACAGGGGCGUUCAAAUUAGCGCCGCGAGUU